AUGGCUAACCAAUCAAACUCCACUUUAACAGAUUUUUCUAUGAAAAAUGAGAUCUAUGCUUUUGGAGUGGUACUGCUAGGAAUACUAACAGGGAUGAUGGUGUAUGAUGAGGAGAGAGCCCUUAAAAAGGAAAAUUUGGUGGAAUGGGUUAUACCAUUGUUAGCAGAUGAGGUAAGCAUGAAAAUUAUUAUGGACCCACAACUUCAACAUAACGAUUGUCCUCCAAAGGGAGCAUUCAAGUUGGCUCAACUUGUUUUAAACUGUCUUCAUCCAAAAAAAGACGAACACCCAUCAAUGGAGGAAAUCUUGCAGGUGCUGAAUCGUUGUUAUCAUGAAGAAAUCAAAAUAGUUUGA